GGAGAUUUUGUUGCGAGUGCUGAGCAACAGCAUAACCAUAAAUGGAUGUGGAUUGGCGAGAUUUCGUGAAGAUCAGAUGAGUAUUCGAAGCCUGCAGUGAAAAAGAAAAGCUGGCGACAAGAAUAAAGUAGUCGGAGUCUACUUGUUGCCGCACUUCUUCCACUGCGACGGCAAUACUAGUAAGUUACUGGAAGGAAGUGUAGCUGUAAGUUUUGAGACGGCCGUUUGACAAAGGCGUGCCGCUGCUGCUCCAUUCGCGAUCUUUUGAAAUAAAAGUCUGAGCUACCUUUCCGCUUAUCAUUAGAUAUGUCUAUGUGGUUAUCCUUGAAUUGCUCUUUCAUCUGCAGCGACCACUACAGCGACCACUCGAAGAUUCUGAUUUCUCUAUUUGUACUUCUAUCCCGCACUUCUUCCUCGUUCCAGUUUUCAGAUUCAGUCAGUUCAAUUUGCCCUCUUGUUUCACCUUUACGACCACAGUUUCUUAACUUCAUUUUUUAGUCAUUUGAAAUUGAAAUUGAACCAAGAACGAGCAUGAUGUUGACGCAAGACCCGCCACAGCAACCGCAAGAUGAAGCAGGGAGCAUGGCUGGCCCCACGACCUCCUUUGUCGACCCGAACCACCACGCCGAUGCGCCCACCGCCGCCCUCGCUUGGUGCUUGGAAGUCCGACCGGACAUGCAGAAAGCGUCGCUGCACGUCCAACUCCCUUCGGAAAGCCGGUUUCAGGACGCCCGGAUACGCGUGCGGGGGCCAGGGCAGCAAUUAUACAACCAUAACCAACAGGGAGACGUUCCGGCAACAUCACCAGGAUCAUCAACCGAUGAGGACGUCGGAGAAAGUCAUCGCUUCGGAAUUCAUCAUCUUCGACGGGGUCGUGACCCUUCUACCUAUCACGAUAAAAACACCUACCUCGACCUGGUUGUGAUCCUGAAAAAGAAACGACCCCCAGUGGCAGCAGGAACCUUGUCCCAGUUUAUUCAUCCCGUGGACGACCGCACUGAUUUUGAACUCGAAGUAGAAAAGACGGUGAGCAUACUGCUGCAUGGGGAGGAAAAUUGUACUGAGAAUGUUCGUGUUGUUGAACCAGCAACAACAUUAUUACCCGCGUCCUCUCCGGACUCCUCCUUUUUUGACUUAUUUUCGAAAUACCAAAAUCUCCAACUGAUUUCGGUCGACGCGAGGUCCGCGCUCCGGAAAACCGACAAGUUCCUCACCUUGCAGUUUUCCUUUGGCCGUGACGCGGUGUUCUACGAGGACGAAGACUUCAUCCUCUGCAGCCCGGCGACGGACGAGAAAAUCGGGAAUCUGCGGUGCCGAGAGUGCAUGGCGAUGCUGCUGCCCGGGAAGACAUCGGAUCGGGAAAUCGAGGGUUACGGACUCCCCUCCGCACUGUGGACCAGUUUUUCCGACUGCGUCGCGUGCGAAGAGUGCAUUCCCUUCCGCACCGCGAAGAUUCCGGCGCAGGCGGGCCGGGUGUACUGGAGCAAACUGUCCGGGUUGGCGCACGUGGACGAUUUGUGCCUGCCGGACAACCUGGACGUCCGGACGGGGAAGUGCAACAGCUGCGGCACCGUGGUCGCCGACCCCGUGGACGGGAACAAGGGCAUUCAACUGCUCAAGCACAAAAUCUUCCUGCUACCCUUCGAGUGUGAUGAGGAUAAAGAGACAGUAAGCUCUGCCUUGUUGAACGAUCACGAUGGGCCGUCACAGUCAUCCUCAUCCCAUUCUAUGUUGUCAAGUCGAAACUUAUUUGCUGCGAACACCGACGAGGCGUGCGUCGGCUUGGUUUUGCGCGACGCGUUAGAGGUGGACACGAAUCGCCGCUUUCGCUUGGUGUACGUUCCGCCGGAACAGAAGGUGCAUGACGCAGCUGCACCAGAUUUCAUGAUGACCAGUAUGGUGGAUGAAAGUCCGGCGAGCUCGCUAGGAUCUACUUCGACGACUAUGGAUGUGACGAUGUUGGAUGGAGGAGCGAGUCGUGAAGAAAUCGUCAAUUAUGGGAACUCGAUUGACAGCACCGACACAGAAGCUGCUGCUGUUCGUGGUGACGACUUCGAGGAUCAUAAGGUAACGACAUCAACGAGACCGAUCUUGGUGAACGUGAUUGCGAAGCGGGUGAAGGUUCUAGUGCCAUGCCCUGCCAGUGAGAAAGAAGAAAGCGCAUCAACAACAAACUCACAGGAGUUACAACGCGCGGAAGAGUUGAGGAGGCAACGAAACGACAUACGGGACCACAUGCAGGUGUGGUAUCGGGAGGAAGAUGAACAAGAAGUAGUAGGAAAAGGGCAAUAUGCGGACGCGAGGAUAAUAUCAAGUCAAGGUGUCGAAGCACCACAACAUCUACAAUCUUCACCACCGCUGGCUUCCCGGACCAUCACCAUUCGCGAUCUCGCGGUAUUUCGCAAAGUGCGGGAGUAUCUGAACAGCUCUGCGAAGUGGAUGCCGCAAGACGAAGCGGAAAAAUGGACCUCCGGGUAUUUGCCACUGCCGCCACCGGAGUAGCAGAGGAAAGGUUUAUUUUGUGGAGAAGAUGCUUAUGCUUUUGUGGAUCAUGUGUGUGAUUGGUGCUUUCUGAGGCGACAGCGAGGACAGCCAAACGCCUGGAACUGGAACUAUUUGAAGUAGUCUGUCUCUACUUUUUCGAGGCUUCCGAUUAGAAAGAAUGAGAAGACCUUGCUCACAAGCAAGUUUCAUCGCGGCCGACGGCUGCUUUGCUUUUUUGAACCAGUGGAGAUAACCAGCAAAGCUACGUGAGGGAGCAGGCGCAGACGGACCCAUCAGAAUGAAUUUUAAAAAACAAAACCAACGCAAGAGCGUCGUGGAUUAAAAAAGCGGAGGCGUCGCGCGAGCCCCCAUCAUCAAGGCACGUAGCUAGCGUUAAG